AUGAUUCAGGCUAUACGAAGUGUCGAUUUUGUGUCAGAAAAUACGAUCAAAUGUGAAUAUUAUGAAUCCAUCAAAAAGGAUGGUAAAAUAGAAGAUGUCUAUGAUUUUAUAGCCAAUGAACUAUCACCAUUUCACAUUGCCAAUCAAGUAGAGCUGCUUAAGCUAAACAAAAAGAGGUUGCCUAUUUCAUUUAUCUCUGAGAAUUACAAUGCAGUGGUAUUGAAAUAUGAACAUNCUACCAGCCGAUCAUGA